CCAAGCAGGUCCAUGGAAGGGGAUAGAAAUCGUACCUCUGUCAACAUGUUUGCUCUCCUGGGACUCUCAGAUGAAAAAGGUGUGCAGCCUAUCCUCUUUCCAAUCUUCCUAGGGAUCUACCUUGUGAUUCUCAUCUGGAACAUGGGUCUUAUCAUCCUAAUCAGGAUGGACUCCCACCUGCGCACACCUAUGUACUUUUUUCUCAGUUUCCUGUCAUUUAUAGACAUCUGCUAUUCUUCUUCCACCAGCCCAAGGAUGCUUUCAGACUUCUUAAAAGAAGAAAAAACGAUUUCAUUCAUUGCUUGUGCCACCCAGUAUUUUGUUGGGUGCUGGAUGUGUCUGAUGGAGUGCUGUCUCUUGGCUGCCAUGGCCUAUGACAGAUAUGUUGCUAUUGGUAGGCCUCUGCAGUACUCAGCGGUCAUGGCUCCUGGCCUCUGUCAGAAGAUGAUUGCUGGGGCCUAUGGGAGUGGUUUCCUUAGUAGCUUAGCUGAAAUAAUCCCUUGCUUUCAUCUCUACUACUGUGGGCCCAAUAUCAUUCCAAAUUUCUUCUGUGACAUAACCCACAUCAUAUCCUUGUCUUGCUCCAAUCCCUUCAUCAGUCAAAUGAUUCUUUUUCUCAUAACUUUUUUUGUUGGAUUUGGUUCUUUCCUUGUUAUACUCUUAUCCAAUGGUUUCAUUGCAGCUUCCAUCCUGAAAAUAUCCUCUAUCAAAGGUAGUGCCAAGGCCUUCAAUACCUGUGCCUCUCACCUGUUAGUAGAAGCAAUCUUCUAUGGCACAGGCCUCUUGGUGUACAUGCACCCUAGUUCUACUCACUCCAAGAAGCAGAACAAGGUGCUGUCAGUGUUCUAUGUUACCCUCAUCCCCAUGUUAAACCCUCUUAUCUAUAGUCUGAGGAACAAGGAGAUCAAAGAGGCCUUCCAGAGGGUGAUAAAGAGGACCACACAUUUACUUCAGUAA